CCACGCACGGGGCAGAUGCCAAGGAGGGGUGGGUGUGUGCGGGGGGGCGGUGUGUGUGCGUGUGUGCGUGUCGGCUUGACCCCACGCCCCGCCGCCCAGGCCCCCUCCCAGCGGCCCCUCGCUCCCAGGGCGCCGCGCCCCGCCCGGCGAGCCCCGGGGCAGGGGCGCCCCCAUCCCCCGGCCAGGCGGGGGCCGGCGGGUCCCGGCGGGGCGGCGGCCCGGGCUGCCCACGGGGCUUCCCCCCGCCCCGCUGCCUGCCUGCGCGGCGUGUGGUGGGACGGCGGGGGCGGGCCAGCUCCGCCGCCGCCGCCCGGCUCCGCCUCUCCCGCCGCAGCUCCCAGUCCUGGAGCGCCGCUCGGCUGCCAGAGGGAAGCCGCCACCUGCUCCGGUGCGGAGUCGCUCCUCGCUGCGCGCCGAGAGGGAGAGCAGCCGCCCCGCCGCCCGCGCCCGGGAAGUUACCGCUCCUCCCGCCGCCGGGGGACAGCCGCCGCCGCCGCCCGGCCUCGGAAGGGGGAGAAGUCGCCGCUCCGCUCCGCUCCGCUGCCAGAGGGAAGAGCCCCCCGCGGGCGCGCCGCCCCGCUCCGCCGCUGCCUCCCGGUCCCGCCGCGGGCAGGCGGGAUGAUGGAGCCCCCCGCCGCCGCCGCCUGCGCCUCCUGCCGCCGCCGCCCGCCGCUGCUGCUGCUGCUCUGCCUCCUGCUCGCAGCCCACCGCCUGCCGCAGGCUCUGGGAUUGUACACAGUCAAUGCAGUAUAUGGAGACACUAUUACUAUGCCUUGUCGUCUAGAAGUGCCAGAUGGUCUUAUGUUUGGAAAAUGGAAAUAUGAAAUGCCAAAUGGAUCUCCAGUAUUUAUUGCCUUCAGAUCAUCGACAAAAAGAAAUGUACAGUAUGAUGAUGUACCAGACUACAAAGACAGGUUGAGUCUCUCAGAAAACUAUACGUUAUCCAUCAAGAAUGCAAGAAUCAGUGAUGAAAAGAGAUUUGUAUGUAUGCUAGUUACAGAAGAUGAUGUUUCUGAAGAGCCAACGAUAGUCAAAGUCUUCAAACAACCCUCUCAACCAGAAAUCUUACAUCAAGCAGACUUCUUGGAAACAGAGAAGCUACAAAUGCUUGGGGAGUGCGUCGCACGAGAUAGUUAUCCCGAAGGCAAUGUUACGUGGUACAAAAAUGGGAGAGUUUUGCAGCCCGUGGAUGAAGUUGUGGUCAUAAAUUUGCAAAAAAUUGUGGACAAAUCAACUGGACUUUUUACCAUGACAUCAUCUCUUCAGUACAUGCCAACAAAAGAAGAUGCAAAUGCCAAGUUUUCUUGCAUUGUGACUUAUUAUGGACCAUCUGGCCAGAAAACAAUACAGUCUGAACCGGUUGUCUUCGAUGUUCACUAUCCAACAGAGAAGGUGACUAUUCAAGUGCUGCCACAAAGUAGUACCAUUAAAGAAGGUGAUAACAUCACUCUGAAGUGCUCAGGAAAUGGCAACCCUCCUCCACAGGAGUUCCUGUUUUACAUUCCAGGAGAAGCAGAAGGUAUAAGGAGCUCAGAUACUUACAUAAUGACAGAUGUGAGGCGAAAUGCAACAGGAGAAUACAAGUGCUCUCUGACUGACAAAAGUAUGAUGGACUCAACCACCAUCACUGUGCACUAUUUGGAUUUGCAGCUUACUCCUAGCGGAGAAGUCACAAAACAGAUUGGAGAGGCCCUGCCUGUGUCAUGCACGAUUUCUUCUAGUAGAAAUGCAACUGUGUUUUGGAUAAAGGACAAUACCAGAAUGCAAACAAGUCCAUCAUUUUCAAGUCUUCAAUAUCAGGAUGCUGGAAACUACAUCUGCGAAACUACUCUACAGGAGGUUGAAGGGUUAAAGAAAAGAAAGACACUUAAACUUAUUGUGGAAGGAAAACCUCAAAUCAAAAUGACAAAGAAAACCAACACAAAUAAAAUGUCUAAAACAAUUGUCUGCCAUGUGGAAGGUUUCCCCAAACCAGCAGUGCAAUGGACAGUUACUGGUAGUGGAAGCAUCAUAAAUAAAGCAAAGGAGACCAAAUAUGUUAAUGGAAAAUUUUCCAGUAAAAUUGUAAUUGCUCCCGAGGAAAAUGUGACUUUAACUUGCAUUGCAGAAAAUGAGCUAGAAAGGACUGUGACCUCCCUGAACGUCUCUGCUAUAAGCAUUCCAGAAUACGAUGAGCCAGAGGAUAGAAGUGAUGACAAUAGCGAAAAGGUUAAUGACCAGGCAAAGCUAAUAGUGGGGAUUGUAGUCGGUCUUCUGCUGGCUGCUCUGGUUGCAGGUGUUGUCUACUGGCUCUAUGUGAAGAAAUCAAAUGACGCCAAAGGAAAGUCUGAGAAGGCAGCAGCACAGAACUUUCCAAGUCUGCCGAGGACAGCAUCAAAACAUGUAGACAAAGAUCUUGGAAAUAUAGAAGAAAACAAAAAACUAGAAGAAAACAAUCAUAAAUCUGAAACUUAAGAGACAAAAUAUGUCAGUCGUCAUUCCAGGUAAAGAAUACAUAUAGACCAAUUGAAGCAUGAACGUGGAUUGUAUUUAAACAUAUACAAAGAAGUGACAGCUAUUCAUGGUUCAAGUAUUAAACAGAUCAUACUACCAAGUUUUCAAAGGGAUUUUAGACACAAUUAUAUCAAGCUAAAAAAAAAACCCACCACAAACUAAUUUUGGCAACAGCCAUGGUAAUAGGUCACCAUGUUGUGUUCUGUUCGAAAUAUUUUUUGGUAAAUGUCUGCACUGAAGAUUUCUUUUUGUUUGCCUUUAUGUAAAUUUUUUACGUAGCUAUUUUUAUACACUGUAAGGCUUUGUUCUGGGAGUUGCUGUUAAUCUGAUGUAUAGUGUAAUGGUUUUAUUUCAGUUGUUUUUAUGACACCCUUUGAGCAGGUACAUGUCUAAUUCUGAUUGUUAUCGGUGAAGCCUCUGCUUUGUAGCAAGUACCUAGAGUGUAAGAUUGUCUUAAAGGAAAACGUCGAGCUCCUUUUCUGUUCCGUGAAAUCACAGUAAAGGGGAAGGUUGACAGCUGUGACAAGGAUAAACUAAAUUGUUAAUAAAAGCGAACACUUUAAAAACCACGCAAAGGUAAACAGCCAGAAAGGAUAAAGAGUUUCCACAGAGAAGGCUGGCUAUGGAGCAAGGAACACAAUGAGAAGUUCCUAGCCUGUGUACAGACGGUGGCUAAUAAUGCCUUUCUUCUAGAGCAAAUCACACAUUUUAUUGAUACGUUAUCAGUCGUCUCUCAUGUUAGAAUUAGGAUAAGGAACUGGAAUAAAUCGGGAUUAAUCUUGAUUCCUUUAUGUUAUCCGCUGCCUUAAAGUACUGUACCUUUUCUUCGUUUCAAAAAAGAUACCAGUCAGAAUUGGAAACUUUUUUCAAAAAGCGGUCAUAUCAAAGCUGCAUUUUUUUCCCCACAAAAAUGGAAAAUAUAUAUAUAUAUUUUUUGUGUGUUUUUGUUAACUAUGCUACAGAUAUUGAAUGCACCUUGAGAUAAUUUUAGUGUUUUUAACUGGUACCUAAUUUAUCAAACAGUACAUAUAAUUGUAACAAUGAAAUGUCUAUGUAUCUUCAGUUACAUUCAAGUUUGUAACUUUAUAAACAUGUUUUAUGCUUGAGAGGGAAUUUUUAGAAUGGUACUGAUGAGAAAACAUUUUAGGGUAAAUGGCCAAUAGGAGGUUGUGCUAAAGGGAGAGAAGCUUCAUCUUGUGCGGAAGGUGAGUUUCUGGAAGAAAGUAACAGGCGGCUUUGAUGGGGAGGAACAGCAGAGCAAGCAGAACAUCAGGUUUCCAUUUACAAAUAUCCAGGGAAAAAGUAAGUUUUUAUAGACUGGUAGGCAUAAAUAAAUAAAUAAAUAAAUAAAUAAAAAGAAAAA